AUGUUCGGAGGUCUGUCAUUUCGCCGCCUUCCACUUAUCAUUUUCGCCGAUAUUACUUUAGUAUCUUGCGUUCAAGCGUGGUACUACUUUACCCACCAAAACGAUCGAUGGCAUCUCAAGCUUCUCGUCAGCGCGGUGAUGAUGUUCGAUACGGCACACCAAGCCCUUAUCAUGAACACUGUUUACGCAUAUGUCAUUUCAAACUGGGGCAACAUGUCUAUUCUGGGAGAACUCGUUCCGACUCUUUUAAUUGAAGUCUUAUUCAACGGGUUGACUGCGUUUCUCGUUCAAAGCUUCCUCGCAACCCGCAUUUGGCAUUUAAGCAACCGAAAUAUAUGGAUCACGGGCCUCAUUAGUUUUCUCGUACUCGGAGAGUUUGGUUGCAUCCUCGCAUAUACCGCCAUCUCAUUGCAAUAUAAGACUUUCGUUCAGUUGACAGAGCUCAAAACCCUAUCGAUCACAGUCAACGUACUGGCGGCAGCAGGGGACGUCCUCAUUGCUGGCACCCUGUGCACCAUCUUGCACUUCUCUCGCACUGGCUUCCAUCGAACUGAUACCAUUAUCAAUAAACUUAUUAUUUUUUCAGUAAACACAGGUCUCAUUACCAGCCUGUGUGCCAUAGCGUCCCUGGUUUCAAUCCUCGCUGCCGGCCAGACGUUUAUUUACAUCGCCUUCUUCUUCUGCAUGGGCCGUCUCUACACAAACUCCCUUCUUGCAACACUAAACGCGCGCAAGGGUAUCCGUCAAGCUUCCGAUGCGAUGCACAGCACCAACCCAAGCGAGAGCCAUGCCGUAUCCCUAAAUCCACUAAGCGGACUUAAUCCUAAUACAGUGUCCAAUGGAAAGCAGCAGGCAAAUAUAUCGAUCAAGAUUGAUACCCAGACAGAGUUUGCGACGGAUUCUGGGGACGAUAUGAAAAAUCCUCAACGAGCCCCGAUUAUCUCAGGGAAAAGGGACUCGGAAGGGAAGACAUUUAAAUAUUGUUCUUGA